GCCAGGGCCACUAGGAGGAGACACCAUGACCCCCACCCUCACCGCCCUGCUCUGCCUUGGGCUGAGCCUGUGCCCCAGGACUUGCAUGCAGGCAGGGAACCUCCCCAAACCUACCCUCUGGGCUGAACCAAGCAACGUGAUCUCCUGGAAUAGCCCUGUGACCAUAUGGUGUCAGGGGACCCUGAAUGCAGAGGAGUAUACACUGCGUAGAGAGGAUAGAGUGGGAACCUGGCCACUCGAAACCAAACAGAAACCACUGAAGCCUGGGAACAAGGCCAAGUUCAACAUCCAGUACAUGACAGUACAACAUGCAGGGCGAUAUCGCUGUUACUAUCGGCGCAGCCCAUAUGGAUGGUCAGACCCGAGUGACCCUCUAGUACUCAUAUUGCGAGGACUCUACGCUAAACCCACCCUCUCAGCCCUGCCGAGCCCUGUGGUGAUCUCAGGGGGGAAUGUGACCCUCCAGUGUGGCUCACAGAGGAAAUUUGACAAGUUUAUUUUGACUAAGGAAGGAGAUCAAAAGGUCUUCUGGACACUGGACUCACAGCAAACCCCCUAUGGGCAGUUCCAGGCCCUGUUCCCUGUGGGCCCUGUGACACCCAGCCACAGAUUAACGUUCAAAUGCUAUGGCUGUUAUGGGGAAAAUCCAGAGGUGUGGGUGGGUCCCAGUGACCCUGUGGAGCUCCUGGUGUCAGGUGUGUCUAGGAAGCCCUCCCUCCUAACCCUGCAGGGCCCUGUCCUGGCCCCUGGACAGAACCUGACCCUCCAGUGUCACUCUGAUGUCGGCUACGACAGAUUCACACUGUUCCAGGAUGGGGGAUAUGUCCUCACCCAGCGCCCUGGCUGGCAGCCCCAGGCUGGGCUCUCUCAGGCCAACUUCCCCCUGGGCCCUGUGAGGGGCUCCCACGGGGGUCAGUACAGCUGCUACGGCGGAUACAACCUCUCCUUAGAGUGGUCAGCCCCCAGUGACCCCCUGGACAUCCUGAUCUCAGGACAGCUUCCCGACAUGCCCUCCCUCUCAGUGCAGCCAGGCCUCAUGGUGGCCUCAGGAGAGGAUGUGACCCUGCUGUGUCAGUCAUGGAAGAAGACUGACACUUUUCUUCUGGCCAAGGAGGGGACAGCCAGUCCCCUUCUGCAUGCCGGAUCAAACUACAUAGCUGGACGGUACCAGACCAAUUUCUCCAUUAGUCCUGUGACCUCAGCCCACAGGGGGACCUACAGGUGCUAUGGCUCACACAGCUCCUCUCCCUACCUGUUGUCACUGCCCAGUGAACCACGGGAGCUCAUGGUCUCAGAAGUCACUUGGGCCCAAGGCCUGGACACGUUCCAGAAAGGCCUGAUAGGGGUGUCAGUGGCCUUCAUCCUGCUGCUUCUCUUCGCCCUCCUCCUCCUCCUCCUCCGACACCGACACCGGGGUCAGGGCAAACACAGGAUCCCAGCCCAGAGAGAGACCGAUCCCCCACGUCCUGCAGGGUCUAUUGAACCAAAGCCCAAGGACAGAGGCCUGCAGCAAAGGUCCGGCCCAGCUGCAGACAUCCAGGAAGAAAAUCUCUACGCUACUGUGACUGACACUCAGCCUGAGGACGGGGUAGAGCUAGACAGUCAGGCUGCUGUAUCUGAUGACCCCCAGGAUGUAACCUAUGCUCAGGUACACAGCUUGACCCUCAGAGGGAAGACACUUAAACCUCCUUUGUCCCAAGAAGGAGACGCUUCUGAGGAGCCCAGCGUGUAUGCUGCUCUGGCGGUCCACUAGCCCAGGAGGGCUCCACACCCCACAUUGCAGAGGCUCAGGGACUUGGAAGGCCCAGGAGCUGCCCCAGUGGACACAGGACUAGUGAACCCCAGCCUAGAUCCCUAACAAAAGCCACCAGGAGGUCCAGGGAACUUUUGGGAGUCGCCUGCAUCAGAGAUAAAUAAUAUCAAGAUCUACAAUUUGGAAAUAAAGUAACAGACUUUUCUUUUUUUAAUUAA